CUCAUCAAAAAAAUUUCCGUCCUCUAGUAUAAGAAUAAAUCAACAAGAAGAUUAAAUAGUGAACAACUACCUCAAAAUACCAUACCAAUUCUUAAGCUAAUACUCAUUGCUGAUUGUUGAACUACAUCAUCUAAUGGCUUCUUCAUCAAAGUUUGAAAGGAUUUACCAUGUUUUUUUGAGUUUCAGAGGCGAGGAUGUUCGGAACAACUUUCUCAGUCAUCUCUAUAGAGCUCUUGACCAGAAAGGAAUCUACACUUUUGUUGAUAGUGAGGAGCUCGGGAAAGGAGAACAAAUAGCGCCAGCGCUUAUGAAGGCGAUCGAGGAAUCGCAUAUUGCGAUCAUCAUUUUUUCCAAGGAUUAUGCUUCCUCAAGGUGUUGUUUGGAUGAGUUGGCCAAAAUCAUGGAUUGCAAGGAAGAAAGAAACCUCAUGGUCUUUCCAGUGUUUUACAAAGUGGAACCUAAAGAAGUGAAAACACCAAGAGAGAAGUACAGAGAAGCUAUGAUUAAACAUGAGUCCAAGAUUGGGACGGAUUCAUAUGAAGUGAAGAGAUGGAAGAAAGCUCUUUUCGAUGCUGGUAGCUUGUACGGGUGGCAUUUGAAAGAUGGGGAUGAGUCAAAGUUUAUACAAAGAAUUGUGAUGGAAAUCUCAUCUCGCCUAGACCGCACACCUUUGCAUGUUGCUAAAUAUCCGGUUGGAAUAGACUCCCAGGUGGUUACGUUGAAAUCGAUGUUAAACCUUUGGUCUGAUGAUGAUGUUCUCAUGGUGGGAUUGUGGGGAAAGGGAGGCAUAGGAAAGACAGCUUUAGCCAAAGCCGUUUAUAAUGGUAUUUUCGAUCAAUUUGGGAAUUCAUGUUUUUUGGCAAAUGUUCGAGAAGUUUCAAAAGAUUGCAAGGAUAUAGUUACUUUGCAAGAAAAAUUACUAUUUCAGAUAUUAGAAUUGAAAGAAAGAUUAGUGGUGUCCAGUGUUGAUGGAGGUAUCAAUCAAAUUCAAUAUAGACUUUGUCACAAAAAAGUUCUCCUUAUCCUUGAUGAUGUGGAUGACCGACGCCAAUUAGAUGCUUUAGCAGGAGAAAGCAAGUGGUUUGGUAAUGGAAGUAGAAUUAUCAUUACUACAAGAGAUAUACAUUUGCUAACUAGUCACGGGAUAGAUCUAAAUCAUGUGUACAAAGUUAGAGAACUCGAUGAUGGUGCAGCUCAUGAGCUACUCAGUAAGCAUGCUUUUCUAAAUUGCCAAAAAUUUAAAAUCAGAACAGAUCUAGUGGAUGGUGUUCUAAAUCAUGCUAAAGGCCUUCCUUUAGCACUAGAGGUGCUUGGUUCCUUCUUACGUGGUAGAAGAGAAGAUGAAUGGGAAAGUACACUAGCUAAAAUUUCUAAGUUUCCUAAGAAAGACAUCAAUGAUGUGCUCAAAAUAAGUUAUGAUGGAUUAGAAGCUAAUGAGAAAGAGAUUUUUCUUCACAUUGCUUGCUUCUUUAAGGGAUGGACAACUGAGUAUAUAAAGAAAGUUCUCAAGAGUUGUGAUCUUGUGGCAAUAAUAGGAUUACGAGUUCUCAAUGAGAGGUGCUUGAUAAGAAUGGAGUCCCGAAACAUACAAAUGCAUGACUUGAUUCAAUUGAUGGGUAUGGAUAUUGUGAACAAAGAAAGCAAAGAUCCCUGGAGACGUAGCAGACUAUGGUCGUGUGAUGACGUUGCCGAUGUUGUGUCAAACAACAUGGGAGAUUGUGCUGUAGAAGCCAUAGUGUUGGAGCCACUUGAGCUGACAGAAAUAUAUGUCAGUUCUGAUGCUUUAACAAAAAUGAGAAGGUUGAGAUUACUCAUUUUGCAAAAUGUGCAUAAUUCUUUCCAAGGUCCUAUAUAUCUUCCGAAUGAGCUAAGAUGGAUUCGAUUGGAUGGAUGUGCUCCCCAGAUUUCAAAAUUUUCCUCUGGUCGAAAGAAAUUAGUGGGACUUCAUAUGAGCAAUUGUAGCACAGUAGUGCCAAAUCAAUUGAAGGACUUCCAAAAUUUGAAGUACAUUAUUUUCAAUGAUUGCAAGUCCCUAGUUUGCACACCGGACAUCGUGUGUACUCCAAAUCUUGAGGAAUUGGAUAUCAGUAAUUGCACAAACUUGGUGGAAGCCCACGAGUCCAUUGCAUUUCAUGACAAGUUACAAGUGUUGAAUUUAAUGGAGUGCUUUGAACUUAGUGUUUUUCCAAAUUUGCUCAAGUCAAAAAAACUUCGAACUCUCAAUAUUAAAAAAUGCACAAAAUUUGAAAGGUUCCCUGAUAUUCCAUGUAAACUCGAAGAUCUGAAAAAGCUUUGGUUAGAAGGGACCGGUAUUAAAGAACUUCCUGCAUCAAUAGAAAAUCUUGUCUCUUUGGAGGGAAUGUAUAUACAAGAUUGCAAAAGCUUGGAACAUCUUCCAUCUUGCAUUUAUAAGUUACAAAACCUUAAACACUUGCAAGUAAGCUACUGCAUAAAUUUAAACGAGUUUCCAAAGUACAAGGAUUCAGUUGAUCCGUGCAUGAAGACCGGACUUUCAAAUUUAUACUGUUUAGACCUUACGGGAUGUAAUUUGUCUGAAGUAGAGUUUCUUGGGAAUCUUUCUUGUUUUCCCGUCUUGGUUGACUUAAAUUUGACGGAGAACAAUAUUAUUGCCCUUCCUACAUCCAUUAGUAAGCGUGGUCGUUUGUCUCAAUUGGGAGUUGAAAACUGCCUUCAAUUACAAGAGAUUCCUGAGCUUCCCCCAUUUUUGAGUUAUCUUUGGGCAGAUAAUUGCAAACUUCUACAAAAAAACGAAGGCUUGAACUCUAUUCAUCAUUUUGUCCAUAGAGGUUUGGUUGAUACUCGUUACCCACUUGGCCAGUAUUGGUUUGAGUAUGGAAGUCUUCUAUGUGGAGGAGAGAUGCCACAUUGGAUCCUUCCUAUUGAAAUGGGUUCCUUAUCUUUUAAGGCUUCAAAGGACUUAUAUGACAAGUUUCUUGGAAUAGCUCUCUCUUUCGUUUCUGGUAUUGGUCAUCAUGAUUUUAAGAUUGCUUUAUCCGUUGAUGGUAAACAGUGGAGCGACGGACCAAUAGAGAGUUCCCAUUCAUUGGAUUCGGAUCAUGUUGCGCUUUUGUAUUUCAGACCCUUUCAGCUAUGGGGAGUAAUUGAUUUUGGUCAAAUUGAUCGAAAUGAUGUAGAGUUCGGGGUUACAAUAUAGGGUGAAAGUGUGAAAGAGUGGGGAUCCCGAAUAAUAUGCAAACAUCUAGGGGACGAUUUAAAGGUUAAACUUCGAGACAAUCAAUUGAUUGAUUUAGCUUUACUCUACGAGGUUGGUCAUGAAUCAACUCAUUCAGCAGCCGAGAGUUUACUUAUGCACGAAGAUAAUUUGAGCGAAGCAAUCUACAGGAGGACUCCCAAGAUUGUCAAAUGAGCAUCAAGAAACAUUGUCAA